AUGACGGAAUAUAUAUCAUUAGAUACAAAUAAGAGGACUCCAUCUAAUGAUCUCAAUUCAACCAAGCCACUAUAUAUAUCCAAAGUGACUAUAACAAGCAGCAAUGAAGAUUUGUUCGUGUCAGAUUCAUUUUUAAAAUCAUUGUUGAAUCCAGUCCUAUCAACCCCUUUGCAGAAUUUGAAAACUACCCUUCAAACAUUUGAAAACAUCGAGGACAAACUUUACCAAACAGACCUUUUUGAAGAUGUCAAGAUUUCGCUAGAUACAAAUCAAGCAACUUCCUCCAAGAUUAAGACAUUGUUUGAUGAUAUUUCAGUGUAUGAUAUAAAAGUAGACUCUCCUAUUCCAAUUACAGCAAACAUUUUUAUCAAGCCAAAUAAGCCACUUGUUGACCCAAAUUAUACUUGGACUAUUUCAAAUAACAAGAGUAUCUUCUCAUGGUCUAAAAAUUGGAUUAAUUCCUUAAACAGAGCUGAUCAACAUUACAUAAACGCUUCUGCAACAUAUGAUCUAGAUUCUACUAAAUGGAAGAAUUUUAAAUUUGAUGGUCUUUCGACUUACCCAUUGGUUCCAUUUACCUCUGUUAAAUCAGUAUCUGGGAUAUCUCUUUUCAAGCCUUUGCAGCAAUCUAAAGAUUAUAUUCAAUACCUUGUAGAAUCAGGGUUUAGAAAGGAUAUGAGAUUCCCAGAGGAAGUUGGGGUUAAGAGUUCCAACCUAUAUACAGGGUUGGCUAUCAAUGGUGCUAUUAAAGAUGAAGGAAAUAAUAAUUGCUUAGUAUUAAAUAAAACAAUUUUGGAAAAUAUGCAGAUAUAUAAAAAAACCAGUAUAUUAUCAAAGUUUUCUACCGAUAGUAGAAUAUUUGUGAAAGGUAUACCAAGAUAUGGUUCUUAUUUCAAUAUUUAUUACGAAUAUGUUCUCAAUGGGCUUAAUGAUUCAAAAAAAUUGUCACCAGAGUUAUUACACUUGUCAAAUGUUAGUAGAUUUGGUAUAAAUUUCGAAAAAUACUUCACAUUAUUCCAAGAUGCAAUACUAUGCUCCUUAUUAGUUAGAACAGGGACUUCAAUUAAGCCAUCGAUAAACAUGUUUAAUUGGGAAACAAAACGUAGAGAAGCUAAUGAAUUUCCAGUCCCAUCAUAUUUGGAAGAAAGACCUCAUGAAAAAAAUGAUGGUAUUGCAUUCUAUAACGUGUGUUUAAAUGCAUCUGUACCAUUAUUCUCUAAAUGUAAAUUUUCUCCCUUAAGAUUUCAAAACUCUAUACAACUAGAAAGAUACAACAAUUGCUGUCCACAUAAGCAACGUAAACCAGAUAUUACCGGAACUCUAGGGCUUGUUUAUAAAUCUGAAUCAGCCUAUUUUGAUAUAGGUUACACUUUACCAAUUGGUAAAAUAGCAGGGCAUGAUACAAAAGCAGGCUUUGCAAUGAAUGCAUCUAUUUCGUUCUUAUAG